AUGGCAAUUGCAACAACAGUCCUCACGUUCCUCCAUUUCUGGACGGAAGGACUGUUUAUCCUACUACCAGCUGUGAUCAUUCUACGCUGCAUCUAUCGUCUAUACUUCCACCCUUUGUCCAGAGUACCAGGACCCAAAAUUGCGGCAUGCACUUCUCUCUGGCUGGCCUACCACACCUAUAUUGGCAAUGAAAGCAGUGUCAUCUUCGACCUGCACAAGAAAUACGGCCCAAUUCUCCGUGUUGCGCCCAACGAUGUGGAUUUCGAUGAUGGGGAUGCCGUAGAACCCAUCUACGUCGCGCAAGGAGGGUUCCCCAAGACACCGCAAUACUCCAAAUUCGAUAUUGACGGUCACACAACCAUCUUCUCAACCUUGACUCUACCCGAGCGUGCACAACGCGCAAAGGCCGUGUCACCGCUAUUCUCAACCGCAUCUAUUCGAAAUGCUAGUGGGACUCUUGAAAAGGUAAUUGACGACUUUGUGGAUCGAGUGCGUACCGAAGGUCGUACUGGGAAAUCUGUGAAUGUUCUCAAUGCCGCUCGAGGCAUGGCCAUUGAUGCCAUUAGUGCAUAUCUCUUCCAGCAGCGAUAUGGAGGAGUAACAGAGCAAACAUCAACCAUGUCCGCAUCGCCGUUUGUAGAUGCCUAUGUUGGUGUAGGUGCUUUCUUCAACUUGGUUCCCGGUAGAAUCGGCGAUUUGGUUCAAAGUAUGGCCGAUUAUUGGUGCGCGGAUGCAAAGACAAAUUCCGCUUUUGCACUUAUCAAUGGUUUUACGCAGCAGUUGGUGGAUACAUCUGUUCCUAAGAGUGGGAGCUAUCAGAGUCGGUUACUGGAACAAGUGUCACCGGAACAGUCACAGAUUGAACUGAAGGAUGUCUGUUUCGCGGGGACGGAUUCGACAAGUACGAAUACCGCAUCUAUCGUGUGGUUUUUGACGAAACACCCUGAAAUUUACGACCAUCUAUGUGAGGAGGUCCAGCAGAGAACCGCUCAAAAUGAAGACCCUAGCACAGGCCCCUAUCUCCGUGGCGUUGUCCGUGAAGGACUCCGACUGUCAUGGGCAAAUCCAACUCGCCUACCCCGUCAAGUACCCAAGGGUGGCUGGCAGUUCAAAGGCCACUUCUUCCCCGAAGGAACCAGUGUCGGCAUCGCCGCUACACAACUACACCAAGACGAAGCAGUAUUUCCAGACUGUCAAGCAUUUAAACCGGAACGAUGGGUCAAUCCCACAGAGGCAAUGUUGACGCAUUUCUUUGCUUUUGGAAAGGGUACAAGGACCUGUAUCGCUAAAAACCUGGCUAUGGCUGAACUUACUUUGGCGACGUUGAAAAUGGCUCAAUCCGGUAUACUUCGUGGUGCGGAGGUUGUUACUGAGCGUAUUGAGAUGACUGAGUGGUUCAAUUCGAGGAUCAAGGGGGAGGAAAUCUUGAUCAGGUUGAAGAAUUGAUUAGUUUGAUGGGUUUGACGCUAUGGUUUAUGAUUAUGAUUAUGAUUUGAGUGUAUUGUAAUGAUCCAUAUCUUAUAUACUCUUGCAAUAAUAGCGGAUACAAAGGU